CGCCCCGCCCCGCCUCCAGCGGCCGCCAGGAAAGCCGAGUCCCAGGGCAGCGCGCGCUGCGCUGUGCCCGCCGGGAGCGGCCGCGGCGGCGGGGAGCGCGGUGCAUGGUGGGAGAUGUCGUCGAGCCGCCGGGGCGGGAGGGGGCGCGGCGGCGCGGGGAGACUCCAUUUCCCGGCGGGCGGCGCGGAGGCGGCGGGCGGCGAGGCCCCGCUGCAGCUGGACUUGUACGGGCUGUUGGGGGUCGGCGAGAAGGCGUCGGAGAAGGAGGCAAGCAGGAAAGAAACGGAGCCGAAGGCGGAAUAACUCCCAAGCUCAAGGUUAAGAAAGCGUACCGGCAGAAGGCCCUGACUUGUCACCCAGAUAAGAACCCGGACGAUCCCAGAGCGGGUCUCUUCCGUAGGGGGUUGUCUCUUCUGGUUCACCUGCAGGCCAGUAGCACGGUGUUGUGCAUCUCACCCUCUUUUCUUCUAAUUCCCAGCGGAAGUCUUCCACCGGCUGUCUCAGGCCUUAGCCGUGCUAACAGACGCAGCAGCAAGGACCUUGAAGCCAGAGAACGAGAAGCCCAGGCCCGCGAGAGUGAAGAGGAGGAGAUCAGGAUAACGAGAACAUUAGAACAAGAAAUAAUACGCCUGCGUGAAGAAGGCUCCCGUCAGCUUCAGGAGCAGCAGAGGCUCAUUGAAGAACAGAUCCGGCUUGAAAGAGAGCAGCAUGUCCAAGGCAAGCAGGAAAGAAACGGAGCCGAAGGCGGAAUAACUCCCAAGCUCAAGCUUAAAUGGAAAUGCAGUAAAGAUGAUGAGACGAGAGGGGGAUACUCGGAAGAUGUUCUGUUGCAGAUCCUACAAAAGUAUGGUGAUGUGCUCAAUUUGUUGAUCUCAAGUAGGAAGACUGGGAGUGCAGUUGUGGAAUUUGCUACAGUUAAGGCUGCUGAGAUGGCUGUGAAGAAUGAAGUUGGCCUGAUAAAUAAUCCUCUAAAGAUUACCUGGCUGGAGGGCCAGCCCCGGAACAAUCCCAGCACUGUCCUUUCUGAUAGCACUAGUCAGCCCAGGACUUCACAGGCGUCAGCGGUAUCGGAGCGGGAUUACGAGAGCCUGGUGAUGAUGCGGAUGCGCCAAGCAGCAGAGAGGCAGCAGCUCAUUGAACAGCUCAAGCGGGAAGAUGAGGAAGAGUCUCACACCUAACAUGAGAGUAUGGAUUCUCCCCACCCCAUCAUUCUUCAUUUCCAAAGCUGUUUCUUAAAUUAAGUCAAUAAACCUCCUUUUUUUUAAACU